CGGGCAGGCCGGGCAUGGCGUCCAUGGCGGCGGCGAUCGCAGCCUCGCGCUCGGCGGUCAUGAGCGGGAACCGGCCUCUGGACGACCGGGAACGGAAGCGCUUCACUUACUUCUCGUCGCUGAGCCCCAUGGCUCGGAAGAUCAUGCAGGAUAAGGAAAAGAUCCGCGAGAAGUACGGGCCCGAGUGGGCGCGGCUGCCGCCGGCACAGCAGGACGAGAUCAUCGACCGGUGCCUGGUGGGGUCGCACGCCUCGGCGCCCCGAGGCUCCGGGGAGCCGGCGGACUCGGAGGAGCUCGCGCGCUUCCCGGGCCUGCGGGGACCCACGGGCCAGAAGGUGGUGCGCUUCGGCGAUGAGGACAUAACUUGGCAAGAUGAGCACUCGGCCCCUUUCUCUUGGGAAACAAGGAGUCAGAUGGAGUUCAGCAUCUCCUCCUUGAACAUCCAGGAGCCCGGCACCAGCACGGCCACCAGUGAAACGAGGUCACUGUGCAAAGCCUCCCAGGGCUCUCAGGCCUUCAAGGCUUCCCAGGGCAGCAGGUCUUCCAGCCUGGAUGCUCUGGGUCCUGGCCGCAAGGAGGAAGAGGCGUCCUUCUGGAAGAUCAACGCUGAGCGGUCCCGGGGCGAGGGGCCAGAGGCUGAGUUUCAGUCGCUGACCCCCAGCCAGAUCAAGUCCAUGGAAAAAGGAGAGAAGGUCUUGCCCGUCAGUUACCGGCAGGAGCCCAGCCAGAAGGACAGGGAGGCCAAAGCAGAGAGGCCCAGCACUGUCCGCCAGGAGCAGCGUGUGCUUCCCCUCGCUGAGUCGGAGAGACCCCUGCCAGCCCAGGCUCCCUCUGCCGGCACGUUGCCCGAGGGCAAGCCUUCAGAGGCUGACCGGAAGCUGCCCUCUCCAACCACGGCCAGGCUCGAUGACUUGGAGGAUGCCUUGUUCUUGGAACCCAAGCCUGCACAGGUCAGCUCCAGCAAUGUCAUCUUGAAGACGGGAUUUGAUUUUCUGGACAAUUGGUAAACUGUGGUCAACCAAAAAAUGCAGCCAAGCACCCCAAAACAUUUUCCAAAGCGGCGUGAUGGUGGAGGAGGGCCGGGGCAGCAUUUCUCUGCGUGCUUUCUCUCAGCUUCUCUACACUUUUUCCUUAAUUAUUGGAAAGUGGGCAACAUUGCCAGAUUUUUUUUUCCCUUCUUAAAUUUUUGUUUUUGGUGAAGCCAGAUAUAUGUGCUAUUUUCAAUGAUUUAAUAACAGAAAUUUUACAUUUGGAAUUUUUAAAAAAUGGUCAAGAAUGCAAUUCAGUCUCCACGGGGGAGAAUCUUCUCAGACGUGUGACCGUGUAACUGGGAUUGCACAAGUGAUCUCCACCUCCUCCUCUAUUCGUCUCUCCUCCCAUGCCCACCCCUUCUGGGAUGGGGUUCCUUGGGAUGGUGACAACAAUGGCUUCGGUCACACUGAUGUUGGCUUUCACCCAGUCCUCAGAGCUGUCCGGGGCCACUGCCACUGAAGCUACGCUCCUCACGUCUUGUGCCAUGCUUCCCCUCAUGUAGUUUUGGGAGUGAGACUGGGCAGGUGACUGCUGUCUUUAAGCUGUCCUGAUGCUGAACUCAAUGUCUUGGUCCUUGUUCAGAGAAGAGUUGCAUGUUUUGAAGUUUUGUUCUUAACUUUUCUAGUAUCUAGACUUAGUGGCACAUUUUCUUGGUCUUAUUUGGCCGAUUUGGAAGCUCUCAUUGCUAAGGUGACCUGUUGAUGGUUCCCUGUAUUGGAUGCCUGAGUUGUCAGGGCCUUGUUGGAGGGCAGGGCUGUUCCAAACAGUCACAUGAGAACCUCCCAGUGUCAGAUGGAGAGGGAGCAGGCAGUGAAUGUCAUUCAUCCCCAGGACUGACCAGGUUAUAUCAUCAUGGACCCUCCCCAACCUUGACUGGGAAGGAAGUGGAAGAAUGGAUUUUCUGGAUACCCCAGCAGCAGUCCUUGGAGCUCUUCACUGCAGCCGGGUUCCCCUGACGGGCUGUCCUUGAGGGAAGCAGUUGCUCUUGCUACUGGCCUGCUGGAGAAAUAUGGCUGUCACCUAGAGUAGCUGCUGCCCUUGCCUGGUGCCCUGGAUCCCUGUGGUCCCUGAGUUGCAGCAGGUGCCCAAGCAGAACCACAAACCUCGUCCUAUGUGGUCUACACAUUUGCCAUCACUGUGUCUGCCUCACCUGAAGCCUUAAUCCUUUAUCCCAGUCAGCCAUGCCGGUGAGCACUUGGUCUCAACACCAAAGUGUCUCUCUCUCUCUCUCUUUUUUUAAAUGCCUAUUUCAUAACACCUUUUGAAAUAAUUUCCAGAAUAUUUUAUAUAGCUCAAAGGUAAUACACAUGGCAACUCUACCCUGAUUCCUGGGAAAUUCCUGCCAAAUUACGGCUAAGCCAACAUGGAAUUUGGUUUCUGCCAAUUGCUCUAUGUUCCCAGGCAUGCUCUGGUCCCUGAAGUCUUGCAAUUUCCCUACCUCCUUCAGUGAGGUGCUUUCUGUACUGUUUAAGUUGAUGCAUGCCAGGGGAAAAGCCUUCCGGAGGGGGCGCGGGGGAUGUGAGGGGAAGGGGCUGAGAGAUCCCAGCUGGACUGCCUUAGCAGGAUACCAGCUCUCCCAGGGCACAGAGCCUCAGAGUGGAGGCACCUGCCUCUACUUGGUACCUCCCUGAUUGCAGGCUGUGUCAGAAUUAGUGUAGCAGGUGCAUGUGAGUCGGUGUUCAUCUGUACUGGUAUAGUAGGGAAGAAAGAUCUGGAAAUAACUAAUUGGGGUGAUCUGUCUUCUUGGGAGGCCAUUUUGCUUCAUGCCCAUUGGCUUGUAAAGCCCAGCAUUCCCUUCAAGUUUUCCUCAAGUUGAAGGGUGAGGGACUGUGGAAAGCUGCAGCUUUACGGAUCACCAUCUGAGAUUCCGCCCCAACAUGGUAUUUGGUUAAUUCUCCUAAUAACAUUUCUCCAGAGAUGAAAUACGCGUUAAAAGCCAAAGCAGAAGGUCUUGGGGGAGUCCUCCAGUCAUGUGGUCUUGCUGUGCUUCCAGAAGGAAGGAAUUCUUUGAGGACUGGCGUCCAGUCCAGCCCAGCCCGUCCAGCCUGGUAGACUCUCCUGACCCCCCAAGGCAAUGCUGCUGCCAAGGUGGGUUUGUCCUGCAUAAGGAGUGUCAUCCCUGCGAUUCCCACAUCUCCCCCCUUCCCCCCCCCAUCCCCCUUAGCCUCCAGUCCCAUGCUGGACUCUUGGAUGCCAGGAGUUUGUAUGGUUUUUUUAAAUGCAUACUUUUCAGCAGCUGCCUGUGUGCAAUUUGGGCUCCUCAUCCACCCUGACUCUCCACACCCGGGGCUCAGUUCAAGGACUCACUGUUCUGCUCUGUACGAUUGUUUUAUAAAAGCUCCCCCAGGAAGGCAGAGAAGCCAGGCUCAGCCUCACCUGGGAGUUGCUUCCCAGGCCCCCUGGCCUUGGGGAGCCCUCCCUGUGGUAAGGAGCAGGAGCCUCUCGCCACAUGUGGACAUUCGGUGGCCUCCCUUUCUUUGAUACACAUUUUCAGAAAAAUGAUAAAUUCUUACUGACAACUUGUAACUUGUUCAUAUUUUAUACUAAUAGCCUUUAAUAAAGCCAUUUGAAAAAUGCUAGCUGUUGUCUGUCUGUGGCCCCUGCUGGAGUCAAGAGGCCUAAAAGAUUAUUGCAGUUGGGCACGCUGGGAAAAGGCUACAUGCUGAUUAAUGCCAGGCUGCGCCUACUUCAGGAAGCCCAUGUGUAGGCUUGAUCCAGUCAUCUUCACAGGCUGGUGGGAGGUGAUGGCCAAUGCAUGCACUUCCCAAGCAGAUGGGCCGGCUGUGUCCAGUUCUCAGGUGAAGUGGAAGCUACGACAAGGCUUUCCAAAGACAACUAAUCAUGUUGGGUGGCUGCACCUCUGCGAAGCAAGUGCUGUCCCCAUGAAAGCUGUCACUUUGGGUCUGGUGAAAGCUGGUUGUAUUUAGUUAGCCAUUUUGCUGGAAGGAAAAUCAUACUUUGCUUUCAGUCCUGGUUCAUUCAUUAAUGGGCAGCUGGUAAAUAAGCCACCAUAGUUAAGACGACUUCUUGUUAACUUACAGGUCUAAAGUGUUUACAAUGAUGUUUGUAGGUGUCACGUGUCGGAUGAUUGAAUCUGUAUGUUAACAAAGGAGGAUUUGGUGGUAAUCCACAGUGUAGUAUUAGCACCUCAAACACAAAGUGCUUCUAAGUGAGAGAGAGCCAUCAACAGAGAGACUGAAUCCACCUGGUAUAUGCAGCUGUUUGUGGCCAGGGAGGAAAAAUGUUGGACCUGUAGUACAAUAAGGCUCUGUGUUGGGGGAGGGGAGAUUCAUGGGUUCCACCAAGAAUUUCACUGAUCUCAUCCCAGGCUCUUGUGCUUUGAUGCUGAGCAGUUUUCCUGAGAGAAAAUCAACGAUUCAGAUGCAAGCAGAAAACAAGGAAGAAAUCCAGGAUAAGAGACCAGCAUUAAGAGUAGGAUAUUUGUUAGCUGGAGUUGGCAUAAAACCCUGCAGACUGGGUGGCCUGUCUCCUUACAGAUGCCGUUUUCUCUGUCAUCGCUUGUGCUCCGGGGCAAAGAGAGCCUGUUUAUAAACCUUGAAAAUGUAGGCCAUGCUAAAGCUGAUGGCAUACACUGACUAGAGCUAAUGAGCUCUUCGACUCAAGGGCAAAGGUCAAGAACUUGAGUAUUCUUGUAAAUAAAUAAAUAAAAAAGUCAGCAACCCCAAAAAGAAAUUGACAGAAGUAAUCUACGACUGUUGAAAAUAUGAACAAGUGCCAGAGAAAAAUAUCAGAGAGCUAAAUGAUGCUAAAUGUUGUCAAAAAUAGGAUAAAACUAAAUCUUGACUGGGGGGAUUUUGCUUCCUCACAAGGAGUGGUAUUGAUCAGUGUCUGGGAACAUUUGCAAUUGUUAAAACUGAGGAGGAGGAGGAAGUGCUAGUCCUCUGUUUUAGAGGGACUAAAGGUGCUGCUAUGAAUAGCUUGCAUGCACAGAUUUGAUCUCCACAAGCAAGAAUUCUCCAUCCACCCUGUGCACAGGACAAAAUUUGAGAAGCCUGUUCAGCUAGUGUUUCCUGAGGAACAUGGUACUGUUUUGCAAAAUUAAGUACAUGUAUGUCCUGUGACUCUGCCGUUUCCUUCUAGAAUAUAUUCCCCAAAGAAACUGUCACACAGGUUGUGCAGGACUGUUUGUUGCAGUUGUUUGUGGGAGUUAGAGGCAAGCGGGGUGCCGAUCGUUGGGAGGAGGGCUACAAAUGUGGGCCCUACAGCAUGAAGCGGUGUAUAGCGAUAAAGUCAGGAGCUGGAGAUAAACAUGGCAGGAAAGAAAGACAGCUGAACGAUCUUGAAGGGAGCCGUGAUGGUCACAUGCGAUUAGGUUCCUGCUUAUAAAGAAGUGUGUUCUGCCCUAUAACCUAGGUCUGUGACUCAGCUUUUCCAACUGGAAUCUCACUGGUUUAACUGGCGUGUUAGAUGAGUCUUUGGCUUUCAUUUUGGUUGCAAUAUUCUGACACUGUAGUUAUCUGUCAGCCUAUGUCUGUGUAGCCUACUGGAUUCAUCCAGGCAGGUACAGCACCUGAACUGCUGAGAGAGUGAGGGUAGGAAUUAGUGUCAUCUGAUGUCAUGUUCCUCAGGGGGAUACAAGUCACACUGUGUGAGAUGGGGGAGGGUAUGAUUUCAUCCAUGGGCCAAUGCUUUCCCACAACAGCCUUCAGGGGACCCCAACAAAUGCUUCGUCGCACAGCAAAGUCAGACCAUGCUAUGUGUGCAGAUCUCUGAAGCUUAUUUUUGUUUUUGAACCAUGGAAAAUGUGGAAAACAUGAUUGAUUGCUUUUACACAAUACCAACAUUUUCGAAGCAUUUGCUUCCAGGUCUUUUAUUAUGAAAAUAGCCAGGCUCAAAUGGAAAGCCUGCAUCACAGUGAUGGUUCAGAUUGGAAAGGAGACCCAAAUGCCAGUCUGGAAACCGCAAGGGCUCUGGCAGUUCCUAUAUUUGCCAUGAGCUCUCUUUCCCUCCCUUACUGCCUGAUCCUGCUCUGCUUUCCCUUAGUCAUGCCAACAUCUAUCCCCAGGAUUGCAAGAUUAUGUUUUGUUGUUGUGGUGGUGGUGCUCUGAACUGGAAAUGCAUUCAUGUGAAUGGCAGACAUAGUUUCCAAGCUUACAUUCCGGUAAGUGGGGAAGGUACUCUAUAUUGUGGCCACCUCUUUUAUAGUUGA